AUGGAUACAACACAACCGCUGCUGCAUGAGCAGCCGUCUCGACAUCUAUCCUACUGGUCAACACCGCUUAUCUUUGCUGCCUACCUGCCAGUUGCAGUCGUACUUGCCGUUAUUGUCUCGCAGAUAUCUCCAAGGUCCCCAAGCUCCUCACCUUCUUUGCUCGCCCGGGUCUUCACACCUUUCGUUACCCCAGAGGAUGUUCAAGAGUACGACCGCAUCGAAGCUGAGGCACGCGAGAACGACAAGCAUGUUCAGGCUAGCACUAGUAUUGCCACUGAUGGCGCCAACGGUCGCACGCAAAACGGAUACGGUCCUGUAGAUGAUCGAAGCAAGGACAAGACUGUCGUGCGGACCUCGGCUUCCGGUGACAGUGCAAGGGACAGCGAGAUAUCACCUCUGCUUCCGCGUCGAGCAGGGUCUGGAGAUGACAGCGACGUUGCGCAAUGUCUUGCAAGGCAGCCACGUGCUGUACAAGUCGGACUAUCCCUGAUCAACAUCUCGCACUUGCUGGCAUGGGUCGCUGCACUAGUCUUUGCUUUCCUCAGUAGUCACUCUGCGGAUUGCAUCGGUGCAGAGGCUGGCUUCCAGAACGCCUUAGGCCUUCGAUUGGUAGCCGCAAUGCAGAUCGUCGGCUGGGCAUACGCAUCUUCCUCAUCCACCUUCUUCCCAUCGCCUACUCCGCCCUACGCCAUUCUUAUCUUUUAUGGAACACAACUUGCCGGGUCGGCUGUGUCAGCCUAUCAUUCGCUCUUCAGCGUACCUCAUGCACCACUCUCACCACCCCACCGAAGUCAGCUUGCGCCUCCCAUCUUCAGCCUGGUCUCAAUGGGUCUCACAUUGGUGGGUGUCGCACUCAUUAUGGGCUUGCCUUUGCAAGUCUACGACCGUAACCCGCAGCACGACCGCAAUGGCUACCCUCCGCCCCUCGAAGAUUACUGUACCCUGUGGCAGUGGGUCAGCUUCUCCUGGCUCAACCCUAUCAUCAGCCUGGCCCAGACUCGUCCGCUCGAAGAAUCCGAUGUCUCACAGCUCAGCAAGCUCUCCAAGUCCCAGGUGCUUCGGACCAAGAUGCGACGGGUUCAGCGCAUCGAUACCGAAAGAUACGAGCACGAAAAGGCUCGAGCAGAAGCACAGACAGCCAAUGCCACCGCCGAAGAGCGCGAGAAGGCACUCGCGAAAGCGGAGAAGGAAAAACCCAACAUCCUGCGUCAGAUCAUCUGGAUCAACUCCAGAGAUCUUGCACUAGAUUUCAUCCUGACUAUCGUCUCGUACACUUUGGCCUAUGCAAGUCCCUUCUUCUUACGCCAGAUUCUCGGUGCACUGCAAAGCCGAGAAGAAGAGCCUGUGCAAGUCUUCGGUGCAGCUCAGCAUCUAUCAAGCGUUCCUGCCCCGUCCGGAUUUUCGGCUUUCACGACUUCCCUUCAAGGCAGCAUGCACUCUUACGUCGCUCCGGUGACGAACAUUGUCACCUUCGACAAGUACGAUGCCAUCGACCCUGCCAAGAAGCGUGCCUUCUUGUAUGCCGUAUUCGCUCUACUUGCUUCUGUCAUCAAGACUCAGACCGACCUGCAGCAUCUGUACUUCAGUCGACGUGCUGGUGUUCGCAUCAAGUCAGAGCUUACAUUGGCCAUCUACGACAAAGCCUUGCGCCGCAAAGACAUCUCUGGCUCUCUUCAGAGCACUACCUCGACUGCCGAUGCGCAGCAAGCCACUGACGAUACUGCUAAGCCUCACGGUAAAGACGAAACGUCGGCCAAGAAAGAAACGAAAAAGAUGCAAGACGAUGACAAGAGCAGCGCAAGCGUCGGCAAAGUCGUCAACCUCAUGUCGACGGAUGCCAAUUCCAUUUCCAUGACGGUCACAGCUAUCUACAUGGCCUACUCUGCGCCUGUAGAGCUUAUUAUCGCCACCACAUUCCUGUACAAGCUUCUUGGAUGGUCCGCAUUCGUCGGCGCUGGCCCCGCUCUGAUCCUCAUGCCGAUGCAGCAGCGAUUCACCAUGAUGUCGUUUGCCAACAACAAAGAGCUUCUCAAGACGAGAGAUAAGCGUAUCACCGUGCUCAAUGAGCUCAUCCUUUCCAUUCGAUUCAUCAAGUUCUUCGCAUGGGAACGCGGAUGGUCGGAACGAGUCUUGCGUGCUCGACAAGCCGAAAUCAAGUGGCUCGUUCGAGGUGUAUGGAUCAUGGCUGGUUUGUUCCUGUCCUUUGCCCUGAUUCCGAUUACUUUCACUGUCUCUGCGUUCACCUCGUACACGCUGAUUCAGGGGAAGCAGCUCGAUGUUGCUACCGGCUUCACUGCAAUUGCUCUCUUUGCAAUGCUCAGGAACCCGCUCAACAUCUUGCCGAUGGUGAUCAACAUGAUCUUCCAGGCGAAGGUAUCGAUGGAUCGCAUCGACGCCUUCUUGCAUGAGGACGAAGUGCCUGAUUGGGUCGUCAAGAACCGCAACGCGCAUACAGAGCAGAACGCUGGGAAGGACGACGCUGAGGAUCGCACUAUUGUUCUUGACGGCGCCACACUUCGUUGGCAAGGUUCCAAGCCGGUCGAAAAGUCGACCAAAGCGGCUAAGCCCUCACUGCUCUCGAAGCUCAAGCUUUGGAAGAAAGGUGCAAUGAAGGCACCAAAACAGGCAGCCAGCAAUGAAGUCCGAGACGGCGAAGAAGGGAACAAGCCUGAGCCGUUCCAACUCACUGCAAUCGACUUCCGCCCGCCUCGUGGCAAGAUCACCUUAAUAUGUGGUCCCACUGGCUCUGGAAAGUCCUCGUUGCUCUCGGGUAUCCUCGGCGAGAUGGAACUGCUCGACGGCACCAUCUCGUUGCCGAAGCGCCCACUGUCUUUGCUCAGCGGUGGUGUCACCUACUGCUCUCAGACUGCCUGGCUCGAGACCAUGAGCAUCAGGGAUAACAUUGUGUUUGGGCAGUACUUUGACCAACAACGAUACGACCAUGUACUAGAGUGCUGCUGCCUCAAGCCAGAUCUCAAGACCUUCCCAGAUGGCGAUCAGACCGAGAUCGGAGAAAACGGCGUUUCCCUCUCCGGUGGUCAGAAGGCGCGAGUUGCACUUGCACGUGCCGUUUACUCGAGAUCACCCAUUCUGCUCCUUGACGAUGUGCUUGCCGCUGUAGACUCGCACACUGCCAAGAAGCUUGUUGACGAUUGCUUGUGCGGCGAUCUGCUCAGAGGCCGCACCGUCGUUCUGGUCACGCAUCACGUCGAAGCUGUCUUGCCGCACGUUGCGCAGGUUGUCAUGCUUGAGGAAGGUCACAUUCGGGCUAGUGGCACUGCAGGUGAACUCAAGGCAGAAGGCCUUCUCUCGGCGCUUGUGCAAGAUUCAUUCGCCAAAAGUCCCGACAGCAAAGGCAAGGAGGCGGCAAAAGACCAGCUAUUAGAGGAAGAAGCAAAAGGCGCUGCUGUGGAAGCCAAGGUUCAAUCCCAAGCAGAAGGACCCACGGACGGGAAAGCUGACACGGCAAGUGCCGGAGCGACAACGGCACGGGGCAAACUCGUGCAAGCAGAAGGCAAGUCAACGGGCAAAGUCAAACGAGAGAUCUACGUGACGUAUCUCUCCGCUUUCGGAUGGUUGCCCGUCUUCAUCGUCCUCUUCGCCAUCAUGUGGGCACGAUCCUUCGAUGUUUUGGAAAAGUACUGGCUGUCUUACUGGGGCAACGCUUACCUGUGUCAUCCGGGCGAUCACGACCACAUUCAACAUCGACUGCCAGAUCCCAAGAACAACGUCGUACCUUACCUCGGCAUCUAUGGCUUCAUCUCGCUAUUUGGCUAUUUUGGCACGAUCUUGGCAGUACUUGUGACGGGUGUCUAUGGUAUCACAGCGGGCAACAAGCUCUUUGAAAGAAUGCUGCAUACUGUCGUGCGGUCCCCUACAAGGUUCUUUGAUCAGACGCCAACAGGUCGGAUCUUGAAUCGAUUCACAAAGGAUGUCGAAACGGUCGACAGCACGUUAGCUGGCAACAUUCGACAGCUGGUCGCCUUCACUGGUGCCUCGAUCCUUUCUUUCACUACGAUGGCGGUGACAGUGCCGAGUUUCGUUCCCCUGCUAGUGCUGUUCGCUUACGUGUACUAUCGAACGGCUCAAGCGUACAUCAGUGCUGCGCGUGACCUUCGUCGACUUGAGUCGGUCACUCGAUCGCCAAUCUUCCAGUCCUUUUCUGAAGUGCUUAAUGGUAUUGCCACAGUACGAGCGUAUGGUGCGCAAGAGCGAUUCUUAGAAACGCUUUUCCGACGCCUCGACGCCACACAGAGCUGCUACAACCUCUUCUGGAUGGCCAAUCGAUGGCUCAUGCUCCGAUUUGACCUCUUGGGUGCCUUGAUCGUCUUUGGCGCCUCGGUGCUGGCGCUUGCAGGUGGUAUUGACGCAGGAUGGGCAGGUAUCGCGAUCACACAAGCACAAACUUUCGUGCUGGCCAUGUAUUGGCUCUGCCGUUGCUGGACUGGGUUCGAGAUGGAUCUCAACUCUGUCGAAAGGAUGCACGAGUAUCUGGGGCUGCCACAAGAACCUCCUGCGAUCAUUGAGGGGAGUCGACCGCCGCCUAACUGGCCUUCCAAGAUCGACAGCAAGGGGAUUCAGGUCAAUGGUCUUGUUCUCAAGUAUGCACCUGAUCUUGAUCCUGUUCUGCGAGGUGUUAAUUUCAACAUUGCUGCUGGCGAGAAAGUUGGGUUGGUUGGCAGGACAGGAUCAGGCAAGAGUACGCUUGCGCUUGCUUUCUUCCGCUUUGUCGAGUACGAGCAGGGAUCGAUUGUGAUUGACGGUAUCGACAUCAGUCAGAUUGGUCUCGAGGAUCUGAGGAGUCGACUGACGAUCAUUCCGCAAGAUCCGGUGCUGUUCAGUGGUACAAUUCGUGACAACUUGGAUCCGUUCAAUGAGCGUACAGACGAAGAGUGUUUGCUGGCGCUUCGCCGAGUCAACCUCAGAACAUCUCCCAUUCAGACUGCCGCACCAAGUGUUCUUCCCAGUCGCGCGGCUUCCAUCCACGAGACGUCACCAGAAGUCAACGCCUCUUCAUCCUCGUCCACCGCCGUCAAUUCUGUUUUCCCUGCUGCACAUGUCUCAAGCAUGACACUCUUCACCCUCGACACCAAAGUCUCGGAAGGAGGCAGCAACUUCUCUCAAGGUCAACGACAGCUCAUCUCGAUGGCCCGAGCUCUACUACGCUCCACUUCGAUCAUCUUCAUGGACGAAGCAACGGCGUCGGUCGACUUUGAGACCGAUACGCAGAUCCAGCGUACCCUGCGAGCGCCGUUGGGUGCUGAUACAAGACACAAGACUACGAUUAUCACGAUCGCGCAUAGGUUGAAGACGAUCAUUGACUACGACAGGAUCUUGGUGAUGGACAAAGGCGUCAUUGCUGAGAACGGUUCACCUGGAGAGCUGUUGCAGAAGAAAGGGAUCUUCUCUGAGAUGUGUAAGAAAACUGGAGAGUACGAGGAGUUGGAGUUAAUUGCUAGACAUGCUGCUGAGCAACGGUCGGCCCCUGCAUAG